AAUAGCAAAGUAUAUGGACAAACACCAUUUGCCAAGUUUUUCCCAAAUAUUAUUUGGGAAAUAUAUGGCCAAACAGGCCCCAACCACGUUAUUUUGAAGUUUGAAAAGACUAUAAAUUAAAGUAGAAUAGGAUACCACACAAAGGUGUAGCCUUUUCCCAAUUUAAGUUCAUACCAUACUUCUUUAAAAAUUAUUUAUAGGAUGAGCUGUAGAUGGAAAGUUAGACACUUUACCCUCCGCAGACCCCAUUUUAUGGGUUCCGCUUGGUACGUUGUUGUUGCUGUGUGAUUGGUGAGAGAAACAUAAACAAAGAAAGGGCAGUGAAAGUAGUUGAGGCUGGAGAGCAAACUAUUUUCUUGGUCAAAUUUUGUAUUAUCAUUGUUAUCGACUCACUGGUGAUAUUACUAGAUAUGAAAUGCAAUGUUUUAAGAGGAAAUAUGGUUGUGCCAAUGAUGACAGCAAAAGCAAGAAGUUGAUAUGUUUCCAUGCUGACCCCUUGGAUUAUCACAGCAUAGUAGAUGCUCUCAAAGGCUGCUGUGGUCUGUUUUACUCGUUCGAGACCCCCUCUGACUAUCCCACCUACGACGAAUUGAUGGGAGAAAUGGAAGUCAGAGCAGCUCACAAUGUGAUGGAAGCCUGUGCACAAACAGACACCUUAAACAAAGUAGUUUUUACAUCAUCUGCAACAGCUGUGUUAUGGGGUACAAGGAAGAGGGACCAACAUGACUCUCCUGAGGCUUCCUAUUCUCAUUCCUAUGUCGAUGAAAGAGAUUGGACCGACAUAAACUUUUGCAAAAAGUACAAGUUAUGGCACGGGCUAUCAAAGACACAAGCGGAGAAAGCAGCAUGGGCAUUGGCAAUGGACAGAGAUGUGAACAUGGUGUCUAUAAAUGCAGGGUUGUUAAUCCAUCCAGACCUCAAUAUAAGAGAACCUUACUUGAAGGGAGCAGCUGAAAUGUAUGAAGAUGGUGUGUUUGUAGCAGUGGACCUCAAGUUCUUGGUAGAUGCACAUAUGUGUGUGUUUGAGGAUGUUUCCUCUUACGGACGAUACUUAUGCUUCAACAGAGUCAUAAACAACACUAAAGAUGCUACCACACUAGCCAAUAUGCUUCUGCCCCCUUCAGCGUCAUCAGGAACACAAAGUUUGGAGGAUGACACUGUAUAUGAGCAAAGGAUUAGCAACAAGAAACUAAACAAACUGAUGCUGGGAUUUGAUACUGGAUUGGAAGUCCAAGUGAAUUGAUUGAUGCCAUCACUGUUUAUAAAGCAUGGCUCGUACAGAACUAAUUGAAGAAUAUUCUUUUGCUCCAAAGAGAAGAGCCCCCUCAAAUUUUAGAUAGAUUUUGGAGAUUGAAGAUCUCAUCAUAAGUUUAUUACAAAUUCUUUGUUUCAUUUGUUGAAAAAAUCUGUUACAAAUUUCACUUACAAGAAAGUUGCAUAUAAAGAAAGCAUAACAGAAAUGUCAAAUGACCAAACAAAAGCAUUUUGCAUAGAGCCAAGCUUUGAUAGUAUGUAACAAUACCUUAUUGUACCUUUUCCACCUGCAAAUUACUACAGAGAAUGGAAUUUUUUUAUAAUCUGGCCA